AUGCCGCCUCAUCGGCGCAAGUUUCGCAUCCAGUCCAAGUUUGGCGAACCUCGACAAUGGAGAAGCCGCAAGAGCCGCCCUUGCGAUGCCUGCCGGAAAAGAAAGACCGCCUGUGUCAUUGACAUACAACCUCCCUGUCGCUAUUGCGAGCGGAAGGGCAUCGACUGCCAAGCGACGGAUAGCGGCGGCAGCCCCGCGCCAGGUUCUCCAGGACGUUUUAGCAGCCGAAGCACGCCAGGCGAUCUGGGGAAUGCAGACACACAGGCCUCAUCAUCUCCACGAGCCACCUCUGGUCCGCUGGCCACACCACGGGGCCGGGCGCCGUCUCCUACGUCCGACCAAGACCCAGGACUGAAUCUGGAUGGAGUCGACGUAGGUCCGACGGGAGCCUCGCCAGUCCCGCUGACGCUGAUGCAGCCGCCUCCUCCCGUACCGAAUCAGGUUGCAUUCCCACUGCCAUCGCCCAUCUCGGUUCUUGUCGAUGCCGCAGUCAACCGUGCAUCUGAGGGGAAUGCGCCAAGACGUGCUGCUGCAGCCACCAAUAGUGUCUCACCCUUGCUGGUGGAACCACAAGCGCACACAGAGACAGGGCCUAUUGCAGUCAGCUUUGCAGCAGCUGCUGCUCUGCAGAGUCCCACGCCCUCCGUCCCUGCCCAGCGCCACAACAGCCCCGGUCGGUUUCCGGCGAGGAACGCGGACAAGACCGCCAUCUACACGCUCGACGACAACGACAAUGUCACGGCACAUUCCAUGGGGCUGGCCGGCGAGCAAGAUACGGAGCUGUUGUCGUCGUUCCGGGCAGCCAUUAUGAACGAGGCUGACAGUAUAGACAGCGAAAUUCUCCAGAUCUAUGCAGGGGGCGUCACUGAUUCGAUCGGCGGUGGAGACGGAACUGCGGGGGAGAGGUGUCACCAUCCACCGGUGCAUUUCAAUAUGAUCCGCGAUGAGUUCAUGCCGCUAGACAAUGCCGUCAAGGUGGCCUCGUCGCACCGCAUCGAGGCAGCCGUCCAGGGAUGUGCGGAUCACCUCGUGCGUCUCUAUUUUAAGCACGUGCACCCCGUGUACCCAGUGCUGUCAAAAUCACGCUUCUUGCAAACCUACGCGGAUGACAAGCGGGCGUUGCCGGCAUCGCUGCGGGGCGCCGUCUACGGCAUUGCAUCCAACUUUUGGCAUCACGACCGUGUCCCCGAUGAGAACCGGGCCGUAGUACCGACGACAGCUGCAACUGCAACUGCAAGCACUGAAACAGCCGCAACAACCACAACAGCUGCUUCGUCACCAUACUGCACAGUCACCUCCCCUGCUAUGACAGUGAUAUCCCGACCCGAUCAGCACGAGCUCUUUGAGCAGGCCCUCGCCUCGCUGCAGCGCGAACUGCAUGGGCCCAAUCUGUGGACCCUGCAGGCCUGCCUGCUCCUGAUCCACGAGAACUCCGCCGAGAACGCCACCAUCGAGACCCCCCGCGUCUGGAUGCUGGCCGCCCAGGCGACGGCAUGUGCCCAGAUGCUCGGCCUGCACCGCGACCCCAUGGCCUGGCAGCUGGCGGCCUGGGAGAAGCAUUUGCGGCGCCGGCUGUGGUGGGCCACAUUUGCCGCCGACGUUUGGUCGUCCGUCUGCCACGGGAACCCGCCUCACAUUUAUGAGGGCUCGUUUACGACGCCACCUCUCAGGAUGGAGGACGUCGCGCAAGGCGAGGAAGUGCCACAACCACUGCGCCACAUGGUCGACGACGACUGUGCGGUGUCAGAUACAGCUGUCUGCGCACGUUUCGUCAACAUGGUUGUCGUCAGCCGCAUUGUGCACCAGCUUCUCAUGUCGUCCUUCUCCGACGUGGCCUAUGUGGAGUCCAUGAAGGACCCCGUGACCCGAGAGGCGUCCCUUAUGCAGAUUCGCCAGCAGCUGCAGGACUGGUCAAUGCUUUUGCCGCGAUGCAUCAGCAUGGAGACCAUCCCCACGGCCGGCGUGCAUCACAAUAAUGCACCCCUACACCUCUCCUACUAUGCCGCCGUCGCACUCAACUUUCGCGCUCUCAUGAGCCCCGUCACAAAGGCCGCCAAGCACGAUCCGCAGUCGAGUCUGCGACGUCACUUUGGUUCAGCGAUCAAGGAAUUCGGUUUCUUUAUCGAUUUCAUGCACGGUAUCUCGCCAGGGUGUCUGAAUGAGUUUUGGGGCCUUCAUUCCCGGUCACAACUCAUCCUCUGUGGCAACUUUCUUAUCUACCUCUUCUUGCUGGCCCCCGGCCCCAACCAGGUCCAGGAUACGUUCGCACUGCUCGGCACAUUCCACGACUCUCUCCAACGUUUGAGUGCCGUGGCCGACCAAUUCGCAAUCGGUGUGCUGCGGCCUGUGGCUUUGCGUAUCGACUCCUUCUUUACCCAGGCUGCACAGCUCAUGCGCACCAAUGGCCAGUCCCCUUCUAGCUAG